ACAAGAAACAGCGGCUGCUCGUGCGCAGACAGAGCGACUCCAGAAGCUGUAUCAGGAAGCGCGUGAAACAACUGCCAAGGCUGUGGAAUUAACCCUUCAUGAGGCAAUGAAGGAGAGGGAGAAGGAGCGCAUUCAAUUUUGGCGCGAGGAACUCCCACGUCAGUUGGAUCAGGCCCGCGCAGCCUGGCUGUCCAGUCCUGAGGCACAGGAAGCUCUCAGUGCCACGGAGAGCGUGCGCAUUCGCUCCUCUCUGCAAGCGGAGUUUGAAGGUCGUCUUACCGCAGAGUUAACUGCCCAACAGCAGAAGUUAGCGGCCGAGCACCAGCUGGCGGUACAGGGUCUGAAGACUGAGUUGGAUGCUCUGCGAUCCAAGAUUCCACCCCUCAUCACCCUGGUUUCUGCUCAAACGCAGACGGAGUCUUCCGACACACAGUCGCUCCUUUUGGAAGCUGAGGAUCACCUCUCUUCUGUGCUGUCCAACACUGCCCGGGCCCUCCUGCGCAAAGCUCAUAAUGUCAUUAUUGAGGAUGUGCGCGGAAUUCUGACUGAGCUUCAGCUUCUGGACAAGUUUGGUACCGCUCUCGGCUCCUCCAACACAUCUGCUCUGUCUCCGGAGGCCGCCGCCGAACCCGUCCAAAACCCACUCCUAACGCUCCUCCGCUUACCGGAAGACAUUUCAAGUCCUGAGCCGGUGUUGCGCUGCAUACGUGGGCUUGCCACGGCCUAUUCAGGCGCGUCCCAAAAUAUUCCCGCUUCCUCUGUUAGCACUCCUCUGCCCCCCGCCUACUUGGACACGUUCAGAGAGGCCGGAGCCCCCUCACCCUUGCAGGUGGUCAGCGCCGCCCCAAAGACCUCCCGCGCACCUAAUGUUGCUCCCCGUAUCGAGCUCACGGCCUCUGCCAUGGAAGCUUUACUUCACAUAAUUGACGCCGUCUGUACAUCCACUCAGUCUGCCUUUUCGGAGGAUUCCCGCAAAGGCCGACCGGUAUUCUCCCCGCAGAAAAUGACAGCGCCAUCAGCUUCACAAACGCCUGCGACACAAACGAUUAACGAGGUGGGGAACUGUUUUAUUCUUUUUCUUACUUUCAUCAGCAUUAUUAUGAGCUUACUUGUUUCUUCUGUUUGA